AUGAUUCCCACUGAAAACAACCCUAGUAUAUUUUAUACACACUCAAAUAACUCUUUUUCCACAUUGGAAGGCAACAAAGAGUUUAUAGUCUCUCACACCACUACCACCACCAACAAUGACACAUUGAUGAUGCCACCACCAUCAUCUACACAAUCUUUCUCUGAUAGAGAUAUUGAUUUCCCUCAAGAUCCACCAAAAAAUCUUAUCAAAUCCUCCUCCAAAAAACGAAUGGGUAGACCUUUGGGCUCUAAGAACAGGCCCAAAACACGCAUCGUUAUUGAGGAAAAGAGGGAAACCUUCACAGAAGUGGUUACACUUCAUAUCUCUUCUGGAGAAGAUAUUGCGGAGAGUAUAAUCAAAUAUGCUCACCGUCGUAAAGCUAAUAUAAUAGUGUCAAGGGGUUUCGGUCUUAUCUCUAAUAUUACCUUUCUAGAUCCAGUAUCUCGUAUCCCAUUAUUACCCAUUGAAGGACCCGUACAUAUGACAUCUUUGUUUGGAACAUAUAUAAAUCCAAAUUGUGAAUGUCCUCCUAGAAAAUUCAUAAUUGAUCCACCAUGUUCCUCUUUUACCGUAUAUUUCUCUAGUCUUAAUGGAUAUGUGUUUGGUGGAAUUGUUGGUGGAAAAAUUACUGCCGCUGGUGUCAUUUUGAUUAAUGCCACUCUUGUUUGGAAAACAACAUUCCAUAGGGAGGUAUCCUCCCAUAAAAAUGUUCAAGAAAUUAAAGAGGUUGCACCAACAUAUGAUGCUGGCGUCUUCACCAAUGUUAAUCAUGUAGCACGUGAAUUUGACAACAACAACAAUGUUUUUCAUGUACCUACAAGGUUCGAUGAUAUGGAUGCUAAUUAUCAACUUCCCCCUUAG